AGCGCUGUGGGCAGCGGGGCGGUGAGAGGGGGCGGUGGGUCCGGGGCUGAGGGGAAACCGGCGGUUCCUGUAGCCCCGCGACGCUUUUCCCGCCGCCGUUCUUCUCCGGGGAGCCGCCGGCAGGGACUCCGAGUCCGACCGUAAACUUUCUCCCUGGACUUUGAGCAACUUGAGGCCGUGGGGGUGCAGCCCAGCACCGCCGGGACGCGGGGCCCGGGCAGGGAGCGUUCCCCUCAGCUCUGAGGCGUCUCCUGCGCUCGGCGGGAAGCGGGACCGGGGGGGGCCUCGUCUGGGAGGUCCCUCGGCGAAGCAGCUGGAUUGAAAAUCAUCUGGAGGAGCAACACUUAUUUCACAUCUAAAGCUGUUCGCCUCAGAACUCAAUGAGCUAUCUGUUGUGAAUGAUCUUAUUUCUAUAUAUUUGUAAUUUAAUUUAGACUGCAAAAUACAGACCAUGCCUAGCAGAAUGGGCUCAAAAAUUGAUUUGAACAAAGACUUCAUCAGAGUAAAAACACACUAUAGUGGGGACAUCCUGAUAACAAACCUGGAUGCAUCCAUGAGCUAUGAUGAACUUUGUGAUGAAGUCCACAAGAUGUGCAAUUUACAACAGGAACAGCCCAUUACCCUCAAGUGGAUUGAUGAUGAAGGUGACCCAUGUACCAUCUCAUCUCAGAUGGAGCUGGAAGAAGCUUUUCGUUUGUAUUGUCAGAACAGAGAUGAGGGGCUGAUUAUUCAUGUUUUCCCAAGUAUUCCAGAAAAACCUGGCAUGCCUUGUCCAGGAGAAGAUAAAUCAAUCUACCGACGUGGAGCCAGAAGAUGGAGGAAGCUGUACCGAGUGAAUGGGCAUUUGUUUCAAGCCAAACGUUUUAACAGAAGAGCAUACUGUGGCCAGUGCAGUGAAAGGAUAUGGGGUCUCGGAAGGCAAGGCUACAAGUGUAUCAACUGCAAAUUGUUGGUCCAUAAACGUUGUCAUAUUCUUGUUCCACUGACCUGCAAAAGGCAUAUGGAUUCGGUCAUGCCUUCCCAGGAACCUCAGUUAGAUGAUAAAAAUGAUGAAGUUGACCUCCCUUCAGAAGAAACUGAUGGAAUUUCCUACAUUCCUUCCACCCGGAAACAUGACAACCUUAAAGAUGACUCUGAGGAUAUCAAGCCAGUCAUUGAUGGAAUGGAUGGAAUUAAGAUUUCUCAGGGGCUUGGACUACAGGACUUUGAUUUAAUCAGAGUUAUUGGACGUGGAAGUUAUGCCAAAGUUCUUCUAGUUCGGUUAAAAAAGAAUGAUCAAAUUUAUGCCAUGAAAGUAGUGAAAAAAGAAUUGGUCCAUGAUGAUGAGGAUAUUGACUGGGUGCAGACAGAGAAACAUGUGUUUGAGCAGGCAUCCAGUAACCCAUUCCUGGUUGGUUUACACUCAUGCUUUCAAACAACGAGUCGAUUGUUUCUUGUCAUAGAAUAUGUAAAUGGGGGAGAUCUCAUGUUCCAUAUGCAACGGCAAAGGAAACUUCCUGAAGAACAUGCAAGGUUUUAUGCUGCUGAAAUUUGUAUUGCUCUGAACUUUCUACAUGAAAGAGGCAUCAUCUACAGAGAUCUAAAACUAGACAAUGUUCUUUUAGAUGCAGAGGGUCACAUUAAAUUAACAGAUUAUGGCAUGUGCAAGGAAGGUUUGGGCCCUGGUGACACUACAAGCACUUUCUGUGGGACACCAAAUUAUAUUGCACCAGAGAUCCUCAGAGGAGAAGAAUAUGGGUUCAGUGUGGACUGGUGGGCUCUCGGGGUGUUGAUGUUUGAAAUGAUGGCAGGAAGGUCUCCAUUUGAUAUUAUUACUGACAAUCCAGACAUGAACACUGAAGAUUACCUCUUCCAAGUUAUUCUUGAGAAGCCAAUCCGGAUUCCAAGGUUUCUUUCUGUCAAGGCUUCCCAUGUGUUAAAAGGAUUUUUAAACAAGGAUCCCAAAGAGAGGCUUGGCUGUCAGCCACAGACAGGAUUUUCUGAUAUCAAGUCUCACACGUUUUUCCGCAGCAUAGACUGGGAUCUGCUGGAAAAGAAGCAGACAACCCCUCCAUUUCAGCCUCAGAUCACGGACGAUUACGGUUUGGAUAACUUCGACACGCAGUUCACCAGCGAGCCCGUGCAGCUAACCCCAGAUGAUGAAGAUAUAAUAAAGCGAAUAGAUCAGUCAGAGUUUGAAGGGUUUGAGUACAUCAAUCCCUUGCUGCUGUCAACAGAGGAGACAGUAUGAAGGAGUCACUUCUUCAUCAUGGACAAUGUGAAUGACCUUUGAAUUUAUCCUUAACCACAGUAUAUGCAUGCGAGGCUGGGGACUGUAAGAGUUUGGAUGGAGACCAAUGAUUUUUUUUAAAAAUUGCUGCUGAAAAAUCAAAGACAAGAAAUGAUGAUUUUGGUGGGUGUCUUCUGCCACUUAGUGAUUCUUAAGGUCUGGGCACUGACAGAACUGGCUUCAUUAAUGAAGGAAUUUGCAUUUUGUGCCUGUUUGAUGAAGGAUUGAAAUGUUCAUUGCAUCCCUGGACAAGGAGAUUCCAAAAACCUCCAUCUACAGACUUUCUACAAACAUUUGAUGCAAUGAGCUACCAACUGAAGAAUAUUACAGUGUAACAUCCUGAAGAAUAAAAUAUAUUACGGUGGUGUUGAAGCUUAUUUUUGAUGCCUUUUUUCACAAGUGGUACCUGUCUAAACGUCUCAGAUAUAUUUAAAAGGAGUUGUGUUUUAUUAGCAAUCAAAUCAUAAAUUUGGGUACAAGAUUUAAGUGCCUAAAUGGACAAACUUCAUUGAAGAAUUAUUGCAUAUUUGGAACGUUCUUAAACCUGGUAAGUUCUGCUUGUUAAUACUAAGUAACCAUUUACAUAUGGAAUAUACAGUUCACAGCUGCAGCCUGAUAAACCUUUUUAUCUUUCUAGAAAUUAAAAUGCAGAGUGAUUCAGCAAUAUAAAUUCCAAAUUAGAAUUUACAUUAUCAAUUUCAAAAUCUGUUGUUUUAAACUCCAAAUUCACCAAAAUGUGUAGAUUGAAGAGAACUAAAUUUGCACACAAAGAAUUUCUGAAGAUACUUAACCAGUGCCUACAGCUACAAAGAUGUGUUGUAUAUUAGAUUUUUGAAAAGUAUUUUUAUCAACAAUACAAUUAUUCAGAAAUAGAGCAAAAGUGUAUUAAAGCAUAGCCUUAAAGUUUAAAUAGUAAAUCUAGAAUAACCAUAAUAUAAAAUACAUUUUCCUGAUAAAGCACACCUCCUACCUGUGGUAAACAGUCUGCUUACAAUUACUCAAUGUGUAUUAAUAACUAAUCAUUCUAUGUAAGAGGAUGGGAUGUUUUGGUAAAAUGAUUUGCAUCAAAGUAGUACAUUUUUUUAAUGGAAAAAAAUACCUAAGAGACUGACUAACACAAGGGAACUAUCAAAUCCCUUCUAGUGGAAGGAGCUGGGGGGGAGGUAGGGAAGGGUUGUGCUCCAUCAGAAAGGUGGGUGCUGCCUUUGAGGAUCAGUCAGCCUUCAGCUGCCUCCCGAGCAGCAGCAGCAGGGGCAGCUCUGCUCCUGCUGGAGUUGGGGUUGUGUGGGUUGUACAGACUGGGGGAAAAAAAAACCAUGAGAAACCCUGUGCCAUGCCAUCUCGCCUAAUUUGGUGUAAAAUGCAGGAUAAAUUGCACCCCUUUCACUCUCUCCACAUUACCAUAUGGUUUUCUCAGGGUACAGCAUUGCAUUAGGUGCUGAACAUGACAUCUUUGGGAUUCACAUCCAAGUCAUGAGGUGCUAGGACGAGACUGCCAAAACAUUGUUUAAAACUUUGAAUUAAUUGUUACCAAUCUACAUUUCGUAUCCCCUCAUUAGCUGCCUUUAGGCAGACCUGUGGUUGUUGAGUUGUAUGAACCCCAUUCAGAUCUAAGUUGUGGGUUUCUCUCUGUUGGGCUGUAGCUUUUCAUGUUAAGCAAAAUGUGUUUUAAUCAGCACUAAGUAAUUUAACCAGUAAGUACUUGCCUCAAAUGCCUGGAGUUUAGAUACUUUAUUACCUACUAAAGGAAGCAUUUACAUUUUAAAUGUAAUCCGGCUUUUUUUUAAUUACUCCCUUUUUCCUGACAACAAUUUAUCCUGAAUAGUUUUUCUUUCAGUGUUUUCAACUCCCCUGGUAAUAAAACUGAUCAGUAGUUAUCUGAGUGAGUGCAGGCAGCUCAUGAAUGGGAACUCAACGGACUCAGCUGUCCUUGGACAUGCCAGGGCAAAGGACCUUAAAUGGAAAUAUUAGACACGUGGGUUGGGUUUUCUUAAACCUUUUUUCUAGGUUUCAGAACAUUUUGGGAGGGAGGGAAGGAAGAACAGAGACACAUUUGCUAAACAAACAUUGUAAAGAGUACUUGAUUUUAUUUAAGAAUUUACAGGAAUUUACAAUGUUGCUGUGUUGCCAAAUAGUUUGCUGGAUACAAGUUUGGUUGCUCAUGUGCAAGUGUUUGAAUAAUGUUCUGUUCAUGAUGAAGGGGAAAUUUUUUUAUAUAAAGUACUUGUUUUAUAAAUAAAAGAUAAUGAAGGAUGUAAUUAAAUGUGUGGUUUGGAAAAAAAAUCCUAAUAUAUUACAAAUGGAUCUGGUAAUGAUAUAUAGUUGUCUUAUUUGAAAUAGUAAAUGAAAAUUCUAGCUAAUUUAAUGAUUGUAAAACAGUAAAUAUGUUCUUGUAGUUUUGUAUAAUUAAUUAGUUGGGAUCUUUGCUGACCAGUUUUAAUUGUGCAGAAGAUGGUAUACUAAUCCAUAACAGCUAAGAUCAUUUAUAUUCUUGCACAUCUAUUAAAGACUUUAAUGAAAAAGUUAA